CUCAGACGUCAACUUGACAAAUAAUUUUUGAAUUUCUUUUGAAAAGUUGUAUUUUUUGCGAACUUAAAUUUUAUCUAAAAGAAAUGGAAAACGAAUUGGAAAUGGAUAUUGUUGAGCCUGACGAUGGCGAUGAGGAAAUGGACAACGAAGGAAGCGAAGAUGAAGAAGCAGCAAAGAAGCCCAAAGAGGUCUACUUACCGGGUAAAACUCUUGAAGAAGGCGAAGAGCUAGUGUGUGAUGAAUCAGCGUAUGUAAUGUUGCACCAAGCCUCCACUGGUGCUCCAUGCCUCAGUUUCGAUAUCAUUCCCGAUGAAUUAGGCGAAUCUCGAGAAAAAUACCCGCUUACAGCCUAUAUGGUCGCUGGAACUCAAGCUUCGCGUACCCAUGUCAACAAUCUAAUUGUCAUGAAAAUGAACAAUCUCCACAAAACUCAGGAGGACGAUGAAGAGGAAGAUGAGAAAGAAGAUGAAGAAUUGGAUGACUCCGAAGAUGAAGACCUAGGCAACGAGGUAGCUAAAAAGCCGCAAAUGACUUGUGCACUAAUCAAACACCAAGGAUGUGUGAAUAGGGUGAGAGCAAGUAAGCUUGGAAAUAGUGUUUUUGCUGCUUCAUGGAGUGAACUCGGAAGAGUUAAUAUUUGGGAUCUAACAAAACAAUUGCAAGCCGUCGAAGAUGAUCAGCUGCUAAAACAAUAUGAACAAGAACUGUCUAAUGCAGGCAUCAAACCGGUGUUUACCUUCACCGGUCAUCAGCAAGAAGGAUUCGCUAUGGAUUGGAGCCCUGUGGCGCAGGGAGUUUUGGCAACUGGCGAUUGCAAGCGUGACAUACACAUUUGGUCGCCUUUGGAAGGAGGAUCGUGGAAAGUUGACCAACGUCCACUGGUCGGCCAUGUAGAAUCUGUAGAGGACUUGCAGUGGAGUCCCAACGAAAAGAGUGUGCUGGCAUCGUGCUCUGUUGACAAAACUAUCAGAAUAUGGGAUUGCCGUGCUGCUCCUCAAAAAGCUUGUAUGCUCACAUGUGAGAAUGCUCAUGAGAGCGAUAUAAAUGUAAUUUCAUGGAAUCGCACAGAACCGUUUAUUGCUAGUGGCGGUGACGAUGGGUUCCUCCACAUAUGGGACUUGAGACAAUUCCAAACGAAAAAACCGAUUGCUACUUUUAAACACCACACCGAUCAUAUUACGACUCUUGAAUGGAAUCCCAAAGAUGCCACAGUUCUUGCAUCAGGAGGUGACGAUGAUCAAAUCGCUCUUUGGGAUUUGGCUGUUGAAAAAGAUCAAGAUCAGGGUACAGAAGAGUCUAAAAACGAUGAUGAAAUUAGCAAGCUUCCUCCACAGCUACUUUUUAUACAUCAAGGCCAAAAAGAAAUCAAGGAACUUCAUUGGCAUCCUCAAUUACCUGGAGUUAUCUUAUCGACUGCACAUAGUGGAUUCAAUAUAUUUAGAACGAUAAGUGUUUGAAACUUUUUUUUUAAUAUUAUAAAUAAACAAAAAGAGGUAUUUUUUAAAAAU